UACAGUUCGUUUUCAAUGAACUUCGAGUACCACUUUGGUUUUAACCUCUCUGGGGUUUACUGGUUGGAUGUUUCCUCGACUCCAUUUCCAGAUUUCAAUAAUCACUAUCUUUAACAUAAUAACUCACUAAUUCUCCUUCAGUUUGUGUGUAUUAUGGUCUAAACCAGUAAACCGUAGUGAAAUCGAGAAUAUGAUUGUUUUGUGAGUAGCUUGUGACUGUACUAAAAUGUUAGGUAGCUAUUUUAGGCUUUGAUGCUGUAUUACUUUCUUUUUUCAAUUGAGUGGAUUCUAGUUUGAUGACCAUUCGACAGAAUCAUAUACAUAUAAUAUAAACAUGUGUGUGUUUGUGUGUGGGGGUACUUUUUAUUUCUUGGAUUCUAGUUUAACUGAUUUGGUUUGUAGCAAUUAUGAAUCCUGAAUACUCUAAUCCUCUUUCUCAGUAUCCCAUAAUUGCCAACUUAUGAAUAACUUUGAGUAUCUCUAUGUAUUCGAAACUCAUUAGUUCUUUUUGUUUUCACUUUUGAACUUUUUUCUUGACUGUUCCUUUUCAGAGAAAAGUGAAAAAGAAAUAAGAACGAGGGGUGUUGAAUUAUUUGCAUGUGUCAUGUGUGUGUUCUGCAGAUGUGAGAUAACCCAUUUGGGUGUUAUUAUAUUAUAUGUAUUUUUUCUCACUUUUGUUUGAUUCUAUAGUAGCAGCACAAUUUGACUGAAUAGCCCCACACAUAUAUAGCAAAAGAUUUCAGAACAUUAAAAAAAAAAAGUAGAUCGGUUCUUGAAAAGAAAAUGGUACUACACACGCAAGUUGUUUAUUCUUCUUCCUUGGACAUUUCUUAAUUCUUUAUUCCUUACAAAUAAAAAACAUUUUCAUUUGUAUAUGAACCACAUUGUCCCCACAACUCUGGAUGAAUCUUUAAGCUGUAUCCACUUGAUAAUCUAGGCAUGUAUACCUCUUUCUCUCUGUUUACUAUAUUUAUUGCAUACCUCUUUCUCUCCUUUGUGACCCAAAAGUGUAGUGUGAAACAUUAGUGAAACAAUCUCUUCAAAGCUUCUUCUCUGCUCUUCCAUCUUUUCUUUUUUUUUGUUGUUGUUAACUAAAGAAGUCUAUAAAGAGAAGCUCCAUCAAUGAUGGAGUCUGUGAAACCAAUGGAUGUUGCUUCAGGAAAAGGAAAACUCAGACGCACAUUUGCCAAGGUUAUCAACAUUAAGAAGCUAACCGGUGUUGUUCCAGAAGACAACAAGGUUGAGAGAGUGAAGAAGAGCCAAGAGAAUGUUACGUUUGAUAAAGAUAUAGUGAAGAAUGCCGCAAAUCUCUCCGAGUCCUUUGACAAACUGGAGGAAGAGUACGAGAAAAGGCUUGCCUUGGAAGCUCUUCUCGCAAAGCUGUUUGCUACGAUAUCUUCCAUAAAAUCUGGUUAUGCGCAGUUGCAGUAUGCUCAGUCUCCGUAUGAUCCAAAUGGGAUUCAGAAAUCAGACAACUUGGUAGUAGCAGAGUUGAAGACAUUGUCAGAGCUGAAACAGAGUUUCUUGAAGAACCAGCUUGAUCCAAAUCCUGAUAGAACACUUGUUCUUGCGGAGAUUCAAGAACUGAAAAGCCUCUUAAAGACUUAUGAGAUCAUGGGGAAGAAGCUUGAGUGUCAGUUAAAGCUUAAAGACUCUGAGAUCAUAUUUCUCAAAGAAAAGUUUGAAGAAUCAAUGAGUCAGAACAAGUUGAUGGGGAAGAGACUAAACCAAAGCGGCCAACUUUGCAAUCCACUGGAUCAUAAUCUUCAUCUAUCGGCGCUAAAUCCAACCCAUUUCGUUACUUAUCUGCACCACACUGUCAAACCGAUCCGAGGAUUCGUCAAAUUAAUGGUUGAUCAGAUGAAACUCGCAGCUUGGGACAUCGAUAUGGCAGCUGAUGCGAUACAACCUGAAGUAUUCUAUUACAAGCAAGACCACAAGUGUUUCGCUUUCGAGCAUUACGUUUGCAAUGUAAUGUUUGAAGCGUUUCAUCUACCUUACUUCUCAAACGAAUCAUCAUCGAAGAAGAAGAAGAGCAAAGAAGACAAAGCAAUGUUCUUUGAGAGAUUCACAGAGCUUAGAUCGAUGAAACCAAAAGAGUACUUAGCAUCACGACCUAAAUCAAGAUUUGCUAGGUUCUGCAGAGGGAAGUAUCUGCAGCUCAUACAUCCCAAAAUGGAGGAAGCGUUCUUCGGACAUUUGCAUCUAAGAAACCAAGUCACUGCAGGUGAGUUCCCGGAGACGAGCUUGUGCACUGCGUUUCUCGAAAUGGCGAAAAGGGUUUGGCUUUUACAUUGCCUUGCUUUCUCCUUCGACCCUGAAGCUUCAAUCUUUCAAGUACCUAAAGGUUGUAGAUUCUCGGAAGUGUACAUGAAGAGCGUGGCGGAAGAAGCGUUUUUCUCGCCGGAGGAUGACGGAAACUCGUCGGAAUCCGAGCCGGGAGUUGCGUUUACGGUGGUUCCCGGGUUUAGAAUUGGGAAAACGUCGAUACAAUGCGAGGUCUACCUCUCACGUUCAUGUCAACGCCAUCCGAUCAGAUAAAGUCCCGGCGAUGAUGUCACAGGGGUAUUAGAGUAAUUUAGUUGGUGGGGGACUUUUUUUUGGGGGUAGGAAAAAUAAUAAAUGAGGGAGAGAGAAAAAUUACUGACCGUUGGAUUCAGGGAAAAGGCAAAGUAUUAUGUGCUUUGUUGAGUUGAGAUUUAUGGUUUAUGUUUUUUGCUUUGUCAAUAUUAGAGAGAGCAGAAGAGACAGAAGCAUCUCUUAGCUGUUUUCCAUGGAAUUAUUACAUGUCGUCACUCACUACCUUCUAUUCUAUCAUAUGUAAAUAGUUUUCGUCAUAAUUUAUAAAAUAUUAAUUAUUGCUA